UUUGAUUGGUAGUCCAGAAUCGUAGACGUUCAUUUACUUCAUGAUAAAGUCAUAACUAGACUGGAUCUCGUCUAUAUUUUGAUCUUACUUUAAGUAUUUUAUUGGAAUCAAAAGAAAAACAUUUUAGUUUUAGUUUUACACACGUGCGUUUGAUAAAUGAUAAUGAUAUUGAUAAGGACCUAGCCCACAGAAAAAGAACAUUUACUUGGCCUAACCAAUGAAUCAUUUGCAUUUUAACCCGGAAACGAUUACGUAGCCAAUAGAAAGAAUUCAUAACAUUGGGCCUUGCGACAAGCCGGUAGUUACUAGAUCUAGAUUCCGUAUUAAAGGGAACUUAAAUCAAGUUAAGUAUCAAGGGUAUCAAACAUGUCUAAAACGGUUUACGUAACCCGCAGAAUUCCACAGCCUGGUCUUGCAAAACUAGCGGAAGGCUUUGAAAUAGUUAGCUACGAGAGCGAUGAAGCUAUACCUCACGAUGUUCUUGUUCAAGCUGUGAGAGACAGGCGUUACGAUGCGCUGCUCUGUAUGUUAACUGAUCAAAUUGACGCGGAGGUUUUGGAUGCUGCUGGUCCACAGCUGAAGAUUGUGGCAACUAUGUCAGUUGGCUAUGAGCACAUAGAUAUCCAAGAAUGUGCUAAAAGAAAUAUUUUGGUAGCCAAUACACCUGGUGUCUCAACAGACAGUGUUGCUGAACUGACUGCAUCGCUUCUCCUUCUGACAGCCAGAAGGUUAGCUGAAGGUGUAGAAGCUGUUAAGAAAGGAGAGUGGGGACCCUGGAAACCUAUGUGGCUGUGUGGUACUGAACUCACUGGAAGAAUCCUUGGCAUUUAUGGUCUUGGAAGAAUUGGUUUCAAUGUGGGCCGUAGACUAAAACCUUUCGGAUUUUCCAAAAUUUACUACACUGAUGUACAAGAGGUUAGCUAUGCUAAAGAUAUUGAUGCAGAGUUCAUUAAUUUUGAGGGACUUGUUGAAAAGUGUGACUUCAUUUGUGUAUGCUGUAAUUUAACACCACAGACCAGGCACAUGUUUAAUGCCAGUGUUUUCAAAAAGAUGAAAAAAACUGCAAUCCUUAUAAACACUGGUCGUGGUGGUGUGAUUGACCAUGAUGCACUUACUGAAGCUUUAAGGAAUGGAGACAUUACAGCUGCAGGUUUGGAUGUGACUGAGCCAGAACCUCUGCCCAAGUCUCACCCACUGGUUAGUAUGCCUAACUGUGUCAUCUUGCCUCACAUGGGCAGUAACACAUGGGACUCACGUAAUGCCAUGGCUGAAAUUGCUGCCCGCAACUGUAUUGCUGCUAUUUCCAACCAAACUCCAGAGGGAAUCGUUACCGUUAACUAAGAAAGAAACCCCUGCUUAAUGUAACAUUUCCAUCCAAUAGCUUAUAAUUGUUUAUUAAUAUAUUUAAGUAAUAAGAUUAAUCCACUCUGAUAGUGUUAGUAAAAAUAAUUACAUAUUUCCACAUUAGCCCUUUUAUUUCAAACAGCAAAUGUUUUGUUAACAUACUUUUAAGCACUUCAGCUUAAUUUGUAUCAGAAGAAUUUAUUCUAUUUAAUAUAGCUAUCAUUUAAUUAUUUAUUACAUAUCAUUAAUUGAUAAAAAUCUAAGAUUAAAUAUUUUCUAUGGUUUAUAAAGAAAUUGGGCAUAACAUUUUUUUUUCUCUGUUGAUGCAGAUUGUCUAACAUCAAUAUCACAUAUAUUGUAUCAAUUUUGUGUCGUGAUAUAUUUAUUGAAUACUUUGAAUAUGUUGUGCACUUUAAAAUUCCAUCACUGUAUUGAAAAUUGUCAUAAAAAAUAAAGUAGACAGAAGCAUAUUGUUGUAGUUUUUAAGAUUGUACUGUUACACUUUUGAAGUUAGUUUUCACUAAUUUGCUUUACUGGUUGCUGCUUUAAAAUUUAAACACUUCAGUUGAUAAUUAUUUCAUUUGUUUUUUAUGCUUCUGACAUGUUAAAACUUUUUUUCCCCUUAUUUUUAAAAUAUAAGGAAUUUUAGGAAGUUGCAUUCACAUUCCCAAUAAAAGAAUUGAACAUUUAUUUUAUUUACCCCUAGCUACAAUCUAUUUACAAGAAACUUUGUAUUUUAUUCCUAAAUAUAUCAUCAAAUUCUUGGUGUUAUGAAUAACAACAGAAUGACCAUAUUUACUUAACAACUAAAGCCUGAGUAAAUUGACAAAAUAACGUCUAUAUUAUCUCCCUUUGUUUUAUAAGAACAAAAUUUUAAAUAACUCAAAAAUUAUUCAUAUUACUGAUCACAGUGAGCAAAUUUAACAAAAAAGUUGAACAAAUGUGUACAGUGAUAUCUGUUUUAAAAUGAACAUUUGGUUUGUCUAAA